AUGGCCGAUGACCUGGACUUCGAGACGGGGGACGCGGGCGCCUCGGCCACGUUCCCCAUGCAGUGCUCGGCGCUGCGCAAGAACGGCUUCGUCGUCCUCAAGGGGAGACCCUGCAAGAUCGUCGAGAUGAGCACCUCCAAAACGGGCAAGCACGGCCAUGCCAAG